AUGCCAGGCACUGCCACGAAGGUUCGCCCAUCUAAUUCGGGCCAAAAAGGGGCAAACCGGUGUAGGAGGGAUGACCUCCGCUCGUGCGCCGUCGUCGAGGAGUUGAAAGGCAUACCUGGCUCGUGCGCCGUCUUCGGGGAGAACCCAGGGAAAGAAGCUGUUAAGAUUCUCAUACAUAAGACGACAGGUACGGAACAAGGCGUCUUCAACCUUUCCCUCCCCCCUCUCCCUUCAACGUUGAGGCGCUCCCCCAUGUGCGGCAACCGUCUCCCAGUGUCUCCUAUGGACCCACCCCAAAACCCAAACAUGCAUCCCCUCCGAGAGGUCCGUCCUCCGAACAUGGAGCCUGUGGUCAUCGACGACCUCGACUUUGCUCACCCCCUGCGCCAGGUUCCCCUCGCGGAGCAACGGUUCGCGUUCGCCCGCGUGGGCGCCAUGCAAUUCAUGGCGGCGGAGGAAAGCCAGGAAUUCGUAGACGCGUACAUUGACAUGUACCUCACUCGGUUUUCGUUAUGCAUCCCUGGGUUCCCGGACGCUGAUGAAGAGGAUCUGAUGAAUCUGGUUGGAGACGUCCGUGAUCGCCUGGAACGUGAACUCCGGGUAUUAAGCGGCGUGCAGCCGUGGUUUCAGCCUCCUAUCCCUUGGAAGGACUUCGUAAAGAUCAAGUGUGGCCUCGAGAGCACGGAGUGGGAUGAGAUGGCAGCACCCAUUCUAGCGAAACUCGAUGACGAACCAGGAAAUCGUAUUCUAGCCACCGAUUAUUAUGAAAGCCUGGGUGAAUCUACUCACGACUGGCGGCUUGUAGUCCUUCCCCAGAACAGGGAGGAGGGAAAAGGGUGGGCUACUUACCGACUGGAAUCCUGCAGAGGGGAGGGCGAAUCGGACUCGGUAUCCUCGGCAGACAGCAUUUGUGACACAUGCACUCCCUUCCCCUCCAGGGCGUCUUCUCCCGUUGGUUAG